AUGGUUCGUGAUUUUAAUGUGCUUCAUUUUAUUCCUUCUUCCUCCGCUUCUCCUCUGCCUCUCGACAAUCCCAAGGAUGUGCUUAACAGUAUUCACCCUCUAAGGCCAGAUUGGUAUGAGGAAUUAUGUGCAUUUAUCUUGGAUAAGGGCAGUAAAGCAUAUGAGGCAGAGGUUGCGGGUUUUAAGUCUCAGAUCUUUACAAAUUUGAGGGGAGAGGCUAAGACAGUGUUGGAGCUUAAUCUCAAAUAUUAUGCCAGUGAUAAUGGUGUUCAUGUUUUUGACAUAGAUCCCAAAAGAAAGAUGAUCCAUGAUGCGACCCCACCACAGCUUGGCAUUCUGGGUUCUUCAUCAUUUGAUCUUGGAAUUUGA